GCUUUCAAGUGAGAGAUUAUCACGUUUCUGUUUCCACAAAGGCCAAAAGGAAAGCAUAAUCAAGUAUUUCAAAUGAGAGAUAAUUACAUUCCUUUUGACCUGGGAACAGAAAAGCAAAAUCAAAACUGGUUUCACCACAUUGUGGGAUUGUUGUGGGUGCUUCACAAAUUGGUGAAAUGGUGGGCGUCGGUGUGAACGACUAAACUAGGGAACUGAGGUGGAUAAAUAGCUCACUCACAGCUUCAAGAUUUUCAUGGUGAACAACGGUAAGCCAAGAAGUGAAGAUGCCAAAAGUCAACAGCGCUCAGCAGGCUUUGGACAUGAUCCUGGAUCAUGUCAACCCUUGCGACUCAGAUGGAGAUGAUGUCGUCCUUCAGAUGAGCUCAGAUUCUGAAGUUUCUUCUGAUGAGGAGACUUCACUGCCCCCAGUAAAGAGAGGUCGAGUGGAGACCCACACUGGGCCAGUGGAGAAGGCAAAGGACGGCACAGUAUGGUGUGAAGAACAGGUGGGGAGGCCUUUCAAUCAAAGCCCAGUAGAACCAUAUGCUACAGACGGAGAGCCGACAGCUUUGGUCAGAAGAACGGUGUCCAGUCGCCUACAGAGCUUCCUCUGCUUCAUCACUCUUGACAUGCUUCGAACUGUUCAGGAGUGGACUGUUCAGCAUGGACGUCGGACAUCCAACUGUAUCUCAUCCUACAACCCAGGCAGGCACAUCACCAUUGAUGAACAACGUUUUCCGUCAAAGACUCGCUGCUGUUUCUUGCAAUACAUUGCAACAAAACCGGACAAGUUUGCUAUCAAGUUCUGGGUGGCAUGUGACCUGAAAUCUAAGUAUGUGUGCAAUGUCAUCCCAUAUCUUGGAAAAGACCCCAGUCGUCCUUCUGGAGAGAGACUUUCUGAAAAUGUGGUGAUGAAGCUGAUGGAACCGUUUAUGGACAAAGGAAGAACUGUGACCACAGACAACUUCUUCACAUCACUAUCACUGGCGCAACGACUGCUCAACCGGAAGACCACUCUCCUUGGCACAGUCAAUAAGAUUCGACGGGAGCUUCCAGGUUCAGCAAAACAAGCUAUGAACCGCCAAGAAUUCAGUACUCAGGUGUUUUCAACCUCUGGUGUCACACUGACUGUCUAUGCGCCUAAACGGAGAAAGACUGUCUGCAUCCUCAGCAGCAUGCACAGCGUGGUUGAGACUGAAGACACACGAAAGAAGAAGCCAAACACAGUCACCGACUACAAUAGCAUGAAGUGUGGUGUCGACGUGAUGGACCAGAUGGUGCGAGAGUACAGUGUUCGCUCAGGAACACGGCGAUGGCCAGUCGCUGUGUUCUACAACAUGAUUGACAUGGCAGCAUUGAAUGCCUAUGUGCUUUAUCAGGCGUGCACUGGGGUGCAGGAGAGGCGGGUGGACUUCCUGGUGGAGCUUGCCAGUGAGCUUGCUCAGUCACAUUUGGGAGCCAAGAAAGUCAACAAGGAGAACCUUCUUCGCCAACAACCUCCCACACCGGACCAAGGGAAAAGAGCAACGUGCCAGGUGAACUGUCGUUGCAAGAGAAAUCACGCUACUGUGCGCUGUGUAGAUUGCUACAGGUACACGUGUGGCAAAUGCAGAAAGGAGGUGGCAUGGCAGUGCCAAGUCUGCUCAGACAAUGCAGGUCAAAAUCACUGAGAACAUUCCACCAUCAUGGAACAUGUGAAAUUUUUGUAACUUCAUUGCACUGAGUGUUUUAAAUGUCAAUCACUUCACCCACAUACUGCACUUAUUUAUUUGUACACUUUCUUGCAUCUAUAAGAAAAGAUUCCUUGUUCAAAUCUUGUACAUCAGAAAUAAAAGUCAUGAAGGAAUGAAAAAGACAGACUGUGUUGAUCUCUUGCUUAAAAAAGAGGGUAAAAUAAUUUUCUGAUCAUAAUGUGAAAAUAUCAUUUGUCGUUGCAGCUUGCUAGACAGGUUGUGCAUACACUGGUCUUAGAAAUAUUGUGCUGAGCAUCUCCACUGUGCAGGGGAAGCUGGUGGACUUCCUGGUGGAGCUUGCCAGUGAGCUUGCACAUUCUUAUUUGGGAGCCAAGAAGGUGAAUAGGAGAGUGAG